CAAAUUUGAACUUCCGGGUGCUGAAGCGUUGCAAAACAGCUACAGCCUCAGUCAGUGGUAGAAGAGGACGCCUGAACCAGCAGAGGAGAAAACACUGGAAAACACAGGUUUACAAAAAUGAUGCUCUCUGAGGUCCUGCAGGUGCUCCGUGGGGCAGGUAAAGUUGGCUCUGCCCUGGUCACCACCCAGGGGGAGCAGCUCAGACUGAUGGCCUGUAACUCCACCCUGGGUGCCGGAGUCAAAGCUGCUCAAGACGUGGUGGAAGGACUGGUGGGCACAGUGAUGGGAAACAGCAAUGUGCAACAGUCUAUAAAGGAGGACGUGUUUCCGGAUGCGGAGGGCUGGGAGGAGAUGGACCCUGACGAAGCGGCCAGGUGGGCUGUAGGGUCUGACUUCCCCCCUGACACAGCUGGACAAAACCAGGCUGGAGCUGGGGCCACAGCAGAAAUGCCAACAGGAGUGCCUCCUGCCUCAGGGGCGGCUCCAGGAGGCGCAGGCUGGCCAGGGCAGAGCGCCCGAUUCCUCCACGCUGCCUCUGGCCUCCAGCAUCGCUGCUACCAGACUAGGUUUGUCCAUGACACGGUGGUGGCCAGACUCACACCAGAGGACAUCAAGAAGGCCAGGGAGGCCAAGCAGGCUCUGGUCAGACCAGUCAGACAGAAGCUGAGUGACCGUGCCCGAGAAAGGAAGGUGCCAGCUACAAGAAUCAGCAGGCUGGUUAACUUUGGUGGACUGGCAGUCGGGCUGGGGCUUGGUGCCAUUGCAGAGGUGGCAAAGCAGUCGCUGGGAGGCAAACGACCAGGAGAAAUGGGUGCCCUGCUAGACUCUCCUCUCCUGUCAGAGGCCAAUGCAGAGAGAAUAGUGAACACACUGUGUAAGGUCCGUGGAGCUGCGCUCAAAAUCGGACAGAUGCUCAGCAUACAAGACAAUUCCUUCAUCAACCCCCAGCUGCAGAAGAUCUUUGAGAGGGUGCGACAGAGCGCAGACUUCAUGCCCAUCUGGCAGAUGAACAAAGUUCUCGAUGAGGAGCUUGGAGCAAAGUGGAGAGAGAAGCUGUCAUCCUUUGAAGAUAAACCAUUUGCUGCAGCUUCCAUUGGCCAGGUUCAUCAUGGGGUCUUAAAAGAUGGUAGAGAAAUUGCAAUGAAAAUUCAGUACCCAGGAGUGGCAGAAAGCAUCCACAGUGACAUCAACAACCUGAUGUCAGUACUGAAAAUGAGUGUUGUCCUGCCAGAAGGCCUGUUUGCAGACAGCAGCUUAGAGGUACUCCAGAGAGAGCUGGCGUGGGAGUGCGACUAUAAGAGGGAAGCGGAGUGUGCCAAGAAGUUCAGGUCCCUGCUGGAGGGAGAUGAAUUCUUCCAAGUCCCCGAGGUGAUAGAUGAGCUGUCAGGCCGCAGGGUGCUGGCUAUGGAGCUGGUUCAGGGUGUCCCACUUGACCGCUGUGUGGACCUGGACCAGGAGACCAGGAACCAGAUAUGUUUCAACAUCCUCCAGCUGUGUCUCAGGGAGCUUUUUGAGUUCAGGUUCAUGCAGACAGAUCCCAACUGGGCCAACUUCUUCUACAACGCAGACACCAACACGGUCAUUCUGUUGGACUUUGGUGCCUGCAGAGAUUACCCAGAGUCAUUCACAGAUGACUAUAUAGAGGUGGUGCAUGCAGCCUCCGUGGGCGAUCGAGCCACUGUUCUCUCCAAAUCGAAGGACCUGAAGUUCCUGACAGGCUUCGAGGCCAAGGCCUUCCAGGACGCCCACGUGGAGGCAGUGAUGAUCCUGGGUGAAGCCUUCGCCUCCUCAGAGCCCUUCGACUUCGGUACGCAGAGCACCACCCAGCGCAUUCAGAGCCUUAUACCCGUCAUGCUGCGCCACCGCCUCACCCCGCCGCCCGAGGAGACCUACUCUCUCCACCGCAAGAUGGCCGGCUCCUUCCUCAUCUGCUCCAAGCUGAAAGCGCGCAUCGCCUGCCGGAACAUGUUCCUCGACGUGUACAACGCCUACAACCAGAGGAGGCAGGCAGCACAGGCAGCACAGGCCCACGUUUAGGAGCUCAGGCACAAUUUCACUGCCCACAUCCAGCCUAGGUUUAUUCAGAAGGCAAGUAAAGGGACAGAGUGAGUGAAGGAUUGAAUCCCUAAAUUGUGAGACAUUUCAUAAGAUGUCUCAACUCCAGGACAAGGCCAAGAGGUUGUAAACAUAACCCAACUCCUGUAGGCCAUGGCCUGACGUAAGACUCUGCAUCAUUUCAAGAGAUGUGACUGGCUGUGCCUGUGUACAGUGUGUACUGCUGUGGACCAUGGGUGUGCCUGAUUUUCUCUGCCUCUCUCCCCUCAAUGUUACAGUCCACUAACAACAGCCUGAGACUGAAAAGAACCGGAGUAUCUCAUGCAGCCUGUCUCUCCGUGACUCGAUUUCUCUGCUUUACUGCAGCGGUGUCGACUAACUGUGGUGCAGAAGUACAUCGGGGGCUUGAUGAAACCACAAGAUGUAUAGAUAAACAUAAAUACUAAAGCAUAAUGGUGAUGGAAUGAAAUAAAUACUAUCAGGUUGAUCUUGAUGACUUUUUGUGAGAAUUGUAGCCCAAAUGGCUAAUGGAUUACUGGUUAUAUCUGUAUGUUAAAGGGUAAAGUAUAAUCUAAUGUGUUUUGGGUGUAGAUUUGUGUGUUUUAUUGCUUUGACCCAGUGGUUUCCAUCUCACUGCCACAGCUUAUGCACAACACAAGACCACUGUAAAUGCCAACAUAAUAUUACUGCAUGUGCAAAUUCGUAGUGCAAAUGGCAAGUUUUUACAUUUUCUUUCAGUGCUCCUAUAGCUACAAAAGGUUAGCUAAAUAAAUUUAUUCUGGCUACCACUCAUUUCCAGAGGGAGGUUUCCCAUGUUUGUAAGAGAGGUGGUGUCUAGUGUCACAAAGAGAUGCAGGUCAUAUUACAAAAAUGUCCAUGUGCAAAUACGACCCUCUGCUCUGGCUUUUUGGCAAAAUGAUUUUUUGCUGAAUGCUUUGUAAUGGCAGACUAGAACAUCAGAUUGUUAUAGGAGUUACUAAAGACAGUCUGAUGGAAUCCCAUGCAAUAAAUAUAUCAUAUUUGAUAUGAAAAUAUAACAUGCUGUCAAUCUCAUUGCAACUGAGAUCUCAUUUGUAGUAACAUUUCCAUCUGACAUAGUGUGUAAACCGUUAACAGUACGAAACUCUGUGCUGUGCUUGGUGUUUUCUAUAAAAUAUUAAAUAAAAUGUGAGAGGGAA